AUGGUCGAUUCACUAAAGUUCAAGACAACUAUCAUAUCCUACUUCACCAAAAAUGAUUUCAGAAUCGAUUUGUUAGCUCAAAAACUGAAAAGUGGUGGUCAUUUAAUGAACGAGUGGCUCCAAGAAGCAAAAAUUGAAUCAAUGGAUAAUUCAUUGCAUGAUUUACUUUACAUGCCUAUUCAAAGGCUCAUCAGAUAUCCACUGCUUAUUAAAGACUUAAUAAAUUCGCUUGGUUUGCGAAAUGAUUCAUUGAAGCAUGACAUUCAUUUAUCAUUGAUAAAAGUUAACCAACUUAUUGCGAAAUGUAACAAUCAGCCUUCAGUGACCACAUGGAAAGAAUUGAAACAGUUUGAGUCCGAAAAAUCUUCUUUCUUCCCAUCAAGAAGUCUAGCCAUAAAUGACUUUGAUCAGGAACCUUUGGCAACGGCUGAUGAUAUGAAACUAACCAUUACCGGUAAAAAUAGUGAGAAGGUUACCUACGGUAAAGUAGAGGACAUUACUAAGUCUGGAAACAUUAUCACACGUCAAAAAGGUGACUACACCACGCUCAUUCACAUUUUCAAGGAGAAAUACCAAAACUUGAAAAAUUUAGAGACUGGAAUCAUUAGUCUUAAAGUUACCUUAUUGAAUUUUAUGAAGUCUCAAUUAAGAUAUUCUGAUUUAUGGCUGCUGUUUCUCGACGAAGAAAAUCCAGAAACAGAUAAACGAUUCAUUACUUCCAUAUACUCAAGUUUCUCUGAGAAGCUCAAACACCAAAUGGAGCUCACACUGAGCAUCGUUGAUAAAAUAGAUAAAUUAGUUAUCCAGCCACUAGCGCAAGCACUAGAAUGCUGCGAUGACGUUAGAGCUCUUGUAAAAACCCACAGGAAGUAUAGAAGUGCAUACAUCGAAUACAUUAGAUACUGUGGUGCAAAUUCUAAGCAGGGAAUUAUCAGUCAAAGAAAAUUUCAUAAGGCACAAACAUGCAUAAAGAUAGAGAACAGCAUAAAAGAGAAGGUGCCUCGCCUUCUUGACUUCCAAGAUGAAUUUGUUGUAGCAAUUCUUGCUAGUUUGAAUGAAUUCUGUUGCAAUUGGUAUUUUGUGUUAAUUGGUCAGCGCUCAUUUGAUGAGUAUAAUCGUCUCUUGGGAGCAAGCAAUGAUGAGGAGCAAUUAUCUGCUCACCAAGAUAUUGUGAGCUCGUAUAAACGCACGCUCUUUUUGACUAAGCUGGCUAUCAUGGAAGCUAGUGAUUCAUACCCAGAUCAUGCCUUCUUCUUCGCGUAG